AAGUACAAAACAUAGCAACAGCGAGAGAACGAAAGAGGGAGAGAGAGGGAGGAUGUUGUUUCAGGUAGGAGGACAAGGGACUCGGCCCACUUUCUUUGAGAUGGCAGCGGCUCAGCAGCUCCCCGCCAGCCUGCGCGCCGCUCUUACCUAUUCUUUCGGCGUAUUGGCCUUAAGAAGACCCUUUCUCCACAGGGUGUUAGACUAUGAAGAUGAAUUUUAUGCUUUGCUGAUGCUGGUUCUUGAAACUCAUAGUUUACGAACAACAGAUGCGUCCUUCUCUGAAUCUCUAUAUGGCUUACGAAGGAGAGCUGUGAAGAUACAAGCCAAGAAAGAUGAUGCUCAAUCGAGCUCAGGUGACGGGAUUCAUCACUCUGGGUUAGAAAAGCGUCAAAAGGUCCUUUCAGUUGUGUUUCUGGCUGUAUUUCCUUAUUUGAAGUCAAAGUUAUAUUCAAUAUAUAAUAAAGAAAGGGAAGCCAGGCUUCAAGCUAGUUUAUGGGGUCAUGGUGAUGAAAGAUUUGAUGGUACUGACUAUAUUGAUGGAGGGGAAGUUUCUCCUGUUUCAAGAGGAAAUUUGGAUAGAGAUGUGUCGAUUAGAACACGUAUGAUGACAAGAAUUCACAAAAUUAUAGGCGCAUGCUAUCCGUGGUUACAUGCUAGUAGUGAAGGAGCAUCAUUUGCUUAUCAGCUGUUAUAUUUGUUGGAUGCUACUGGAUUCUAUUCCGUUGGACUGCAUGCACUGGGGAUUCAUGUUUGUCGAGCUACAGGACAAGAGCUGAUGGAUACUAAUUCCAGAAUUUCAAAGAUAAGAAGCCAUGAACGUGAAAGACUUCGUGGCCCACCAUGGCUGAAGGCAUUACAAGGAGCACUCCUCAGUUGUAUGUAUACUGCACUUGAUUAUGCACAAACAGGGUUGAUUGCAGCAGUGUUCUUUUUCAAAAUGAUGGAAUGGUGGUACCAAUCUGCUGAGGAGAGAAUGUCAGCUCCAACUGUGUACCCCACACCACCACCACCUCCUCUGCCAAAGGUUGCUGAAGAGGGUAUUCCACUGCCACCCGAUAGAACAAUUUGUCCUUUGUGCUCGCAGAAGCGUGCAAAUCCAUCUGUUGUUACCGUUUCAGGGUUUGUCUUCUGCUACACGUGUAUAUUUAAGUAUGUUUCUCAGUAUAAACGAUGCCCGAUCACAUUAAUGCCUGCAACUGUUGAUCAUAUAAGGAGGCUCUUUCAUGAUAUAUAGAAAACCCUAUUUGGGCAUCAUGAGGAAAAGUAAACACAUUUCUAUGCUAGAAAGGAUUCAAUAAUCAAGUCAACUAUGAAGCAAAGAUGCUGAGGCAGAAGGGAGCCGUGACAGGAAAUACCAAAAAUAAUGUUCGGUUUAGUUCUCUUAAGUCUUUUUACCUUUGCAGAUUUGGGUAGGAUUUUUAUCUUGACUUGCAUUUUUCUUAUAUUUUAACUCGACGUUAUAUUAGAUCAGUGACUAUGAAUAUAAGGUCUUAUGCUGACUUCAUAGUCAGCAGCCAUGCUUUAGAAUUAGGAUAUAUACUGGAUGUUAUUUAUUAUUAUUAUUAUUAUUAUUGCAAGUAAUAAACAUUCCAAGUA